AUGUCCUAUUCCCCUCGACCUCUUCCAGCCUCGAGCCCCACACGGAGCUGGCUGCUCUUCACCUGGAUCCCCUCGGGCAACUCUCGCCAGAUCGGCCGGCCCGGACAACCGCACGUGGGUGCACUACUAUGCCUCCACACAUACAUACAUACAUACAUACACACACAAACACCUCCAUGUGUCCCCGACAGUCUGGCCGGCACCUUGUCCGCCUGUUGGGCGUUGCGUUUCCCAAGCCUGGCCAGCCGGCGAGCUCGUGCAGCACUCACAAACCGGCCUCUUGUCGACUUGUGA